AUGCGGUUGAUCGCUCAGGAACGGAACGCCAAACCACAUCUCAACUCCCGACAACAACCAUCCACGGAGGGCCCCCUCACCACACCUGCAGAGAGGGCGCUCAUUAUUCCGAUUUUGAACCUUGGAUGUCCCGCCACACCGGCCACCAUGGACAAGACCGAACCGCGUGGGGGUUCAGACUCCGACUCUGAACACGGCGGCCACAGCCCCGCGUCCUUCCACGAAGCAAAACAGGAACUCCCGGAUGAUUUACCCAAGUCGCUAGAUGAUCGUCGUUCUGUGCCAGGUUUCCAGCAGGAGACCGAGAUGUACGACGCUUGGCAGGGUCAAUCGCAAUUCCUGACCACGCCGGUCGCUGCCAAACCGUUAUCUUUCAGCCUCGCGCUCGACGACCACUCGCACGAUAAUGAGCAUGACCUACGGGGACACUAUGGUCGCGACCUUGAAGAUAGUGAUGCAAGACUCAUGGAUAUGCUAGCGGCUCAGGCUGCCCAUAGAGAGGUGGACUCCCUCGGUGCGGACGAGGAGGCGAUCGCCGCCGAUGAGAAAUUGACCGAUGACGAAAAGCGCGAUAUCCUCCAGAAGAGCUUGAACAUGGCUGCUAGUAAUGGGGAUGUGGAUCGCGUGCGAAGAUUGGUACAGGGUGAGGCGAAGACUUACGUGGAUGUCAAUAAACCGGACGAGGAGGGCACAGUGCCAUUGAUCUAUGCCAGUUGCUUUGGCCACCAAGAGGUGGUUGGUGCAUUGAUUGAAGCCGGGGCUUUGGUUGACAGGCAGGAUCGCAAUCAAUGGAGCGCUUUGAUGUGGGCUAUGACCAAUCGACACAAGACGAUAGCCAAGGUCCUGCUUGAUCAUGGAGCAUCACCGGAUAUCAAAUCGACGUCCGGGGGUACGGCAUUUGACUUUGCGCAGCCUGGCAGCGAGAUUUCUGAGUUCCUGCAUGAAAAUGGAUACAAUUUUGGCUCUGGUGCCAUUGAUGAUUUCUAUGAUGCCGGGUUGGCGCACGGCCGAUUUGAAGAGGAACUGGCCGAAAGUGAAAUGAAGCGGCGAAUGAUGAUGGAAGAGAGUGCGAUCAAUCUCGAGGUCGACUUGUCGAGUCUAGGUCUGGACGAGAAGUUCGAGCCAUCCGAUGAAGAAGAGCUCGAGGCGGACCAGCAGGAGUUUGUUUGGGACAAGUGCCUGAACGACCAGAUGUUUGUUUUCCAGGACCAUGAGCUCGAACGGAUUUUGGACAUCAUCAUCACCAAUAUGACUCCACAGCGGUCUCCAUCUCAAAAACCGGUGCCUGCGAACCUACUCUUCCUGAGCGCGCGCUACGCGCACUACCAUGCCAGCCCGGAGCUGCUCACAACACUACUCACCUCAGCCAUGGAGAAGAUCAAUGAUGUUGUAGAACGGUAUCAAUGGGAUAUGACGAUGCAGGCCUUUUGGCUGUCAAAUGUCACACUUCUCCUCCACUACUUGAAGAAAGACGGGGGCUUGGUAGAAUCGACCGUCGAUUUCCAACUUCACUUGGCUGAACUAAUCAACGAGAUCUUUGUCCUUAUCAUUCGUGACGCCGAGCGUCGAAUGAACAAAGUCCUAGAUGCCGCAAUGCUGGACCAUGAAACCAUUCCGGGACUAGAGGACAUUGCCUUCCAGAACGAGUGGAAGCUUUUCCGCAAGAACAAAAGCAAAAACCCCGAGCCUGACGAGAAGCGCUUCCGUCCUCCAUCUCCGCGCCGACGUGCACAAAUCUCUCCUCGCAACAUCACCUCCUUACUCUCAUCCACCCUCUUUGUGCUGGAUCUCUACGACGUCCACUCCGUGAUCACCACCCAAAUCCUCUCCCAACUCCUUUACUGGCUCAGUGCUGAGAUCUUCAACCGAAUCAUGAGCACAAAACGCUACCUCGCGCGCACCAAAGCAAUGCAGAUCCGUAUGAACGUCUCAACACUAGAGGACUGGGCUCGUUCCAACAACCGACUACCAGAUCAUUACGAGAACGGAUCUACCAACAGCACCGGCGAGUCGACGAUCGACGCCGCCCGCAGACAUCUAGCCCCCGUCAUCCAGCUUCUCCAGUGGCUACAAUGUUUUUCCUCCCUUGGAGAUGAUCACGAGUCCCUCGUGACAACACUUCUCCAACUCCAACAACUCACACCCGCCCAACUCCUACACGCCGUGAAAUCCUACCGGCCCGAAGUCGGCGAGAAAGGCCUCACCAAGCAAGCCAUGAAAUUCCUCAUCGAAAUGCAACAUAAUCCAGAACUACCCCAUACCGAGCAGCUGAGGAUUCAGAUCGAGAAGGCACAGGCAGAGGCAGGCUCUGGGCCCCAGCUCCCAGACCGCCCCAAGACCCCCCCAACCCAGGCUGCCUCAUCCCCAGAUCCUGCUCUCUCCCCGGAGCCUACAUCACGACCCACUAGUAUAGUGGCUUUCCGGAACGACGAGCGCCCCGGUGCCGGUAACAGCGUCUUCUUAGACCCGACGCUCUUCCUCCCCUUCUCUCUCCCCACUAGUACAGAUAUGCUGGUCAGUUAUGGCGCUGGCUUCGGUGGUACUAAUCGCGAGCGGGCGCGCAAGUACAUCCCCACUGUACCCCCUGAGGUCCUUAGUCGCUUCGAUCGCGGUGAAGUAUAG